AUGUUUGAUCCCGCCGCGGCGCCCGCAGGGAUGAGCGAUGGAGGGGCCGAGCCCGGCGGGAGCCCCGUGCUGCUGGCCGAGCCCGCGGCCACCGGGCGGGCCCGGGAGAAGCUGCCGACCCGGGCGGAGCUGGAGAGCGCCCUGCGCGCCGGCGGCGGCGGCGGCGGCGGCGGCAGCGGCGGAACCGCCGGCGGCUUCAAGGACAUCCCGGGAACGUCGGCGGUCAGCCCCGGCUCCUCCAAGCAGUGCGCCCCGGACACCGAGAGCCCGUCGGGUACCGGCGAGGCGGAUUACUGCCGCCGCAUCCUGGUGCGAGAUGCCAAAGGGACGAUCCGUGAGAUCGUGCUGCCCAAGGGGCUGGACCUGGACCGGCCCAAGCGGACGCGGACGUCCUUCACGGCGGAGCAGCUCUACCGCCUGGAGCUGGAAUUCCAGCGCUGCCAGUACGUGGUGGGCCGGGAAAGAACGGAGUUAGCGCGGCAGCUCAACCUCUCCGAGACGCAGGUCAAGGUGUGGUUCCAGAACCGCCGCACGAAGCAGAAGAAGGACCAGAGCAGGGACUCUGAGAAACGCUCCUCCAGCACCUCCGAGUCCUUCGCCACCUGCAACAUCCUGCGGCUGCUGGAGCAGGGCCGCCUCCUGUCCGUGCCGGCCCCCCCGAGCCUCCUGUCCCCCCCUUCCAACCCUGUCGCUGUCGCCAGCCCCGCGGCCAGCCUGGCGCCGCCUGUCCCCGCGUCCCCGCCGGGGCUGGGCACCAGCAGCCCCCCGGCCCCGCCGCCUUUCGGCCUGCACGUCCCGUCCCUCGCCGCUUCCUCCUCCUCCUCCUCCUCAUCCUCUUCCUCAUCCUCGUUGUCGUCGUCGCCGCGGCUGCCGGGGAGGCCGCUGUGUUUCGGGGGGCCGCUGCUGGGCGCCCUGCACGACCUGCCCGCUUCGUACCCGCCCGGAACCUCCGCGUUCGAGCCUUACACGCGGCUGGAGAGGAAGGACAGUUCUAUACCCAGCAAGAAGCCGAGCCCUUAAAAGGAAAAACUAAAACAAAAAAACCCCAAAAAACCCAAAAAAAAACCUAAAAAAAAAAAAACAGUGUCAAAAAGUGUCACCUCCCCCCCGCCACACCAAGCCCAGAUUGUCCCCUCCCCAACUGGGAAUUCCCGCUGGGAAUGGCAGCUCCUCCCCGGGCUGGUGAAGGCGCGGAUGUCACCAGGGUUGGGGUGGUGACACUCCGAGGUGUCGCUGUCACCAAAGCUCCGCUCCAGGUAUGGGCGGGAGGGGACAGGAGCAGCGGGAGGUGGCGCUGGGACACCCUGGGGUGUCUUUUCCCGGGGGGACAAAAGGGACAGCGUGAGGUGACACCGGGCUCUGUCCCUGCGAUGUCCUCGGAGAAGCGCCGUGCCUCAGUUUCCCCGCGGUGACCGCAGGGUCCCGGCGCUGCUCCCGGGGAGGGGAUUUGUCCUCCGGCGUCCUGAGUGAUGUCCCCAAUUGUCGCCGUGCUGGGACACCCACGGAACCCCAACACCGCCCUGUCCCUUUUUGGGGCUGUCCCUGCAGGGGGGCUGUGGGUCCCUGUCCCGUCCCGCUGGGCGACAGCUGGGGACAGCGGUGACAGUGCCACCUGCCGCUCUGGGGCACCCCCAGACCCAUCCUGGGGUGGCACCGCAGUGACCCCGCGCUGACACUGUCACCCGCCACACCCCCCUUGUCACCUGCCACAGCCAGGGUCCCUUCCCAGGUCCCGGCGGGUGACAGUGGCUUUCUGCGGGGCCACUCGGGCUGAGGAUGGGGUUGGGGACCAGGGGGACUUGGCGUGAGGUGGCCCUUGGGGACAGGGGAAGGUGCUGGGGGGUGUGAGUGUCACCUUGGUGGGACACCCUGGGGUGGCAUCACGUUGUGCUGGUGUCCUGGGGUGUCACCACCGUGCCAGGACACCCUGGGGUGGCAUCACUUUGUCAUCCUGUGAUGGCAUUGCCUUGCCAGGACACCCUGGGGCGGCAUCACCCGGUACCCCAAAGUGUCACCACCGUGCCAGGACACCCCGCGGUGUCACCACCCCUCAGCGCCACCCCCCGACCCCGCAGGGACACGGCUGUGACAGGACCAGGGGGACACCCCGAGCCCCCUCCCCACAUCCAGACCCUGCCCUGGGGGCUCCCCCCACACCCCCAAACCCGCUGCUGUUGAUUAAUUAAUCAAUCAAUCAAUUAAUAAUGAUCAUUAACACUGAGCAUCGUCCCCCCCUCCCCCACCCCCGGGCUGCUGCUCCCCCGGGGCCCCGAAUUC